AUGGUCCCAAAAGAUGACUACAAGUAUGCAGGCAUUGUCAAGUUGCUCCUGCAUUUCAGAUGGACCUGGAUCGGACUCUUUGCUCCAGAAAAUGACAAUGGAGAAAGGUUCUUGAGUGCCGUGACACCUAUGCUCACUUUGAACGGUGUUUGUGUUGCCAUCUCACAAAGAAUCCCAGAACCGACUGUGUCCGAAGUUCGAGUGUCAAUUUCCACUGAUUCAGUUCUCACAUGGAGACAGGUCAAUGUAUUUGUUUACUAUGCAGAGACUCGUUCUUUCCUUAGUGGAAUACUCCUUAUAAAUCAAAUGCUCACAUUGUGGAUAGAGCACACUGAGGGGAAAGUCUGGGUCACAACAGCUAUGUGGGACAUCACCUCAGCAUUGUCUGACAGUAGAUUACAUUUGCAACACAGGCAGACUUUCUUUUCCUUCUUAAUCCAGACAAAGAAUAUUCCAAAACAUGAUAAUUUUGACUUCAAUCUCAUUGCUCCUUACUGGAAGAAACAAUGUCAUUGUUUCUAUUCAAAGCACGUGUUGUCUGUGAAAGAGCAGCAAAGAUGCGAACAGAAAGGGGAAUUGCCCAUGGAUUUACUUGCACAAAGUCUGUCUCCAAACAACUACAACACUUACAGCAGUGUCCGGGCCGUAGCUCAUGCCUUAAAUGCUGCAUACUCCUCCAAAUCCAAGCAGGUGGAGAUGAUGGGUGGAGGAGACAUGUUGGGACCUCUGAGGCUACAGGCAUGGCAGACCUUGCCUCUUUCCAGGUGCACUGAAAGCUGUCUCCCUGGGUAUGUCAAGGUGAUUCAAGAAGGAAAGCCACUUUGCUGCUACGCCUGUGCUCCAUGUGCCGAAGGGACCAUCUCCACACAGGAAGAUGCAGACCAUUGCACCAAAUGUCCAGAAGAUCAGCAUCCAAACAAGGACCGAGAUCAUUGUGUUCCCAAGGUUAUAACCUUCCUGGCCUAUGAAGAAAGUCUGGGAAUCCUCCUGGCUUCCUUUGCCAUGUUCUUGUCUUUGGCCACAGGAUUUGUGUUAGGAAUCUUCAUUAAAAAUCUUGACACCCCAAUAAUCAAAGCCAACAACCGGAACCUCUCCUUCAUCCUCCUUAUCUCCCUCCUGCUUUCCUUUUUGUCUUCCUUACUAUUCAUUGGCCGGCCAAGGAAAGUGACCUGCUUUCUCCGACAAACGGCCUUCUGCAUUAUCUUCUCAGUUGCCGUCUCUUCUGUCUUGGCAAAAACCAUCACCGUGGUGCUGGCCUUCUUGGCCACAAAGCCAGGGAACAAGAUGAGGAGAUGGCUCGGGAAGAGUUUGGCCAACUCCAUUGCCAUUUCCUGUUCCAGUGUCCAAGCUGUCAUCUGUAUUAUCUGGCUGUGGAUCUCUCCUCCUUUCCCAGACUCUGACAUGCAUUCCCAGCCUGGAGAAAUCAUCCUGCAAUGCAACGAAAGUUCUGUCAUCAUGUUUUCAAUUGCCCUUGGCUACAUGGGCUUCCUGGCCGCCAUCUGCUUCACUGUGGCUUUCCUCGCCAGGAAGCUGCCUGGGGCCUUCAAUGAAGCCAAGCUGAUCACCUUCAGCAUGCUGGUCUUCUGCAGUGUUUGGGUGUCCUUCGUGCCCACCUACCUGAACACGAAGGGGAAAUACAUGGUAGCCGUGCAGGUCUUCUCUAUCUUGGCCUCCAGUGCUGGCCUCCUUAGCUGCAUCUUUUUGCCCAAGUGCUACAUUAUUGCCAUAAGGCCUGAUCUGAAUACAAAGGUACACCUGAUGAUAAAAACUAAAGAUAGUGUCUGA